AUGCCCGACGAGACCACACCGGAAGCGCAUACGCAGGGAACACACGAGUUGGGCGAGACUUGGAAAGGAAGGAUCAGAGAACGAGACCAAUAA